CUCUGAGUCAGUCUUUCUUUUUCUCUUUUUCUUUUUUCAUUAACAAGAUGAUGACAGAACCAUCUCUAUAUGAAGAUGAUGCCUUCCAUGGAGGACAAACUUUAGAAGACGAACUUCUCGGUAAAGGUUACUUGAAUGAAGUACCUUUAGGCUCCUCUUUAGCUGCCGAACUUCAGUCUGCUACGAAUGACCACCAUGAGCCAGUACAGACAACAAUAGACCCACCUUCAAAGUUAGCUUCUAUGGCAAUGGACCGACGUUCGUUAUCCUGUGACGUAACCAGUCCACUACUAUCACCUCUUCAGUGGUCAGCCUCUACAGGUAUUAGAAGCAGAAGAUCCUCUUUCUCUUCCUCAUGGUCAUCCUUGAACGAUCCAGAAGAUGAUGAUCCAUUUGAUGUACUAAAGAGACAACUUGAAGAUUUAAAUACAGCUGUCUGGGAAACCAAGACGGUUCAUAAACGAUUGUCCAAGACCCUGUCCCUUGAUGAAACACUUCAAGGUCUCGUGACUUUUGCUCCACCUUUUGAAUUUGUUAUUCAAUCUGUCAUUAAUCUUAUCGACCGUAAAGCGAGAGACAGAGAAAGACAGACAAGUUAUCUUCGUAGCUUAGAUAGUGCACUUAGAAAAGAAACACCCUGGAUGUCAGCAGACACAAUAAAGGAACUAGAUGGCAUUUUAUCUACCAUCAAAUCUACUUUAAAUGACCCAAGCUAUUCCUACGAGAACCCUAUACCAUCUUUAAGAAAUCUUACGAUCGAAACAAGUACUGCAACAGAAUCAUUGGAAGAAUUAAAAGAACUCAUGUAUGUUAAUAAACGUCAAGUGCAAGAGUUGAAUUCUAGACUUCGAUCGAUUGCAAAAACAGUACAUGAAGUUAGAAAAGAUAUGCGAAGGAUAAACAAAUUCAUAGAAGAAAAAGAUGACGAAGAUCCUGUCAUAUUAGAGAAAGGUGAAGCUUCUCGAAGGGUUGAAGAGAUACUGUGGGGCUUGGAUGAUUUAGAUAUGGAAUCAUCAAAGAAGCUUAAACAAAUGCAGUCAUUUUGGGAAAAUACCGUCAAUCCACUCUCAUCUUAAUAAAUUGUAGCAAUUAUACACACAUAUAUAUCCGAAAAUAAAUUAGCAUGGUUUAUCAUAUUCAAUAACCUAAUUAAAGUUGAAAGAUUACAACUGUUUGAUGCAAAAUAGAGGGACAUAAAAGGGAGC